AGCAGCCAUCCGUUCCAUUUCUUAUCGCUUCCCUCCCCUCUCCCUCCCUCUUCCUCCUCCCCGCCCCUUCUACCCCUCCUCCUCCUCCCCAAUGGCUGCUUCCCUCCUCACGCUCCCUUCCUCGCUCUCCCUCUCCGCCGCCAGCGCGCCGUCCCACCGCCUCCGCGCCGCCUUCCGCUGCUGGGCGCUCGGCCGCAGGUGGGCGGGCACCGCGGCCGUCGCGUCCGCCAACUCCGUGCUCAGCGAGCACGCCUUCAAGCGCCUCCAGCUCGGCAGCGACGACGAGGAUGACGAGGACGCGUACGGGAGCGACGGCCAGGAGGGGGGCGUGGCGGGGGAGGUGGAGGGGUUCCAGGGGGACGAGGAGGAGCUCGCCAUCGCCAGGCUCGGGCUCCCCGACCAGCUCGUCGCCACGCUCGAGAAGCGCGGAAUCACACACCUCUUCCCCAUCCAGAGGGCUGUACUGAUUCCAGCUCUCGAGGGCCGUGACCUGAUUGCCAGAGCAAAGACUGGAACUGGGAAGACCUUAGCCUUCGGUAUACCCAUGAUCAAGCAAAUAAUUGAGCAGGAUGAAGGGCGGAGUCUUGGGCGAGGUCGUAUUCCCCGAGCUUUGGUUCUUGCACCCACUAGAGAGUUGGCUAAACAAGUUGAGAAAGAAAUAAUGGAAUCAGCACCGAAACUUAGUACAGUGUGUGUUUAUGGCGGUGUCUCAUAUAAUGUCCAGCAGAAUGCUCUCUCGCGUGGUGUUGAUGUUGUCGUAGGAACUCCGGGUCGCUUAAUUGAUUUGAUAAACGGUGGAAGUCUUCAAUUGGGAGAAGUUAGGUAUCUGGUCCUUGAUGAGGCUGACCAAAUGCUUGCAGUUGGGUUUGAGGAAGAUGUGGAAACAAUAUUGCAACAGCUGCCAGCAGAACGGCAAAGCAUGCUUUUCUCAGCGACCAUGCCUAGUUGGGUGAAGAAACUGUCUAGGCGGUACUUGAAUAAUCCUUUGACAAUUGAUUUGGUUGGUGAUCAAGAUGAAAAACUUGCUGAAGGGAUCAAACUCUAUGCUAUCCCACUCACGGUGACAUCGAAGCGCACCAUUCUUAGUGAUCUAAUUACGGUAUAUGCAAAGGGCGGAAAAACCAUUGUUUUUACCCGGACGAAACGGGAUGCAGAUGAGGUGUCAUUGGCAUUGACAGCUAGUAUUGCUUCUGAGGCACUGCAUGGUGAUAUUUCACAACAUCAGCGGGAAAGGACAUUAAAUGGUUUUCGCCAAGGGAAAUUUACUGUUCUCGUGGCAACUGAUGUUGCUUCCCGUGGUCUUGACAUACCAAAUGUUGAUUUGAUUAUCCAUUAUGAAUUGCCAAAUGAUCCAGAAACAUUUGUUCAUCGUUCUGGACGCACUGGGCGGGCUGGGAAAGCGGGAAAUGCAAUCUUAAUGUUUACAAACAAUCAGAGAAGGACGGUUAAAUCACUUGAGCGUGAUGUUGGAUGCAGAUUUGAGUUUAUAGGCCCUCCAACAAUGGAAGAAGUACUGGAUUCAUCUGCUGAGCAUGUCAUUGCUACCCUGCGAGGUGUGCAUCAAGAAUCGAUUCAAUACUUCAUUCCAGCGGCUGAGAGAUUAAGUGAAGAAUUAGGACCUAAUGCUCUUGCUACUGCAUUGGCACAUCUGAGUGGGUUUUCUCAGCCACCUUCUUCACGUUCUCUGAUCAGUCAUGAACAGGGAUCGGUGACAUUGCAACUAACUAGAGAUCCAGCAUAUGCCAGAGGCUUCUUUUCUCCUAGAUCUGUCACUGGUUUUCUAUCUGAUGUUUCUCCAGCUGCUGCUGAUGAAGUUGGAAAGAUAUACUUAAUAGCAGAUGAGAGGGUCCAAGGAGCAGUCUUUGAUUUACCUGAGGAGAUUGCAAAGAAUUUGCUUAGCAUGGAACUGCCCCCUGGAAACACCUUAACCAAAGUCACGAAGCUGCCAGCAUUGCAAGAUGAUGGCCCUGCUACUGACUCUUAUGGCCGAUUCUCAAACUCGGACAGAGGUUCUAGGAGCAGAAGGGGGUCCAGGGCCAGUGGCCCAAGAGGCCGGGGUGGUUGGGAUUCUGAUGGUGAAGGAUUUGGCCGUGGUGGCAGGAGCUUCAAACCUGACAAUGAUAUUUGGUCAGAUGAUGACUUUUCAGGUGGUGCAAGAAGAUCAAACCGUUCAUCAUCAUCCCGUGGCCGUUCGUCAUCCUAUGGUGGUCGUGGUGGCUCAUCGUCCUUUGGUGAUCGAUCAUCAUCCUUUGGUGACCGCUCAUCAUCUUAUGGUGGUCGUGGUGGCUCAUCCUUUGGUGACCGCUCAUCAUCCUUUGGCAGUAGGGACAGAAGCUUCAGUGGUGCUUGCUUCACAUGCGGACAAUCCGGGCACAGAGCAUCUGACUGCCCAAACAAGUAAUCGUUGGAGACGAUGUGCUGCUUCCCCGCCUCAUGGGGUCGCUCUUUUUGGGUCUGAUCAGCUCCCGACAAGCAGCUGGACAGUUGAACACAACGCAAAGGUACAUCUGAGAGCCAGUCUCCCUUGUGAUGAUCUGAUCUACAUGUGCGGCAUAUGCACGACACGGAUGGUGCACAAGAUACAGUUUUGCAUGGUUGUUUCGUCGAGAAGAUUUUGGCAUGGGAUCUGCCCGAAAGGAGAGCUGCAUCUGUUAAAUUAUUUAUGUAAUAGGGGUUUUACAGGACAUCGAUCGCUUCUUCUUUAGUUUUUGUUGCCACUUGCUGGGACUUCACAAUAGAAUGUUAACACUACUUGAACCAUGUAAAGUUCUACAGAAGAGAACAUUCAGAACUGCCCCAUUUAGUCAGAAAUUACUGUUUUCAAAUGUGGAAAUGUCAAACAACUCUGCAGCUUUUGGUUAA